UAAUGAACAGAAAUAUUUGAAAUACUUUUUAAUAUUUUUCAUUAUAAAAUAAAAAAUUGUAAAACUUGUAAAAAUUUAUAAAAUAUAAAUAACAAAACCUAAAACCUAGAAUACUAAUUUAUACAAUGGAAAGCAAGAAUCCAACCAUUAAAAGAUACAAAUUAGGUGAAAAUUUAAUCCCGCAUGAUAAUCCAAACACAUCGCUAUGUUGUAAAAACUGGAAAAAGUGCUAUGAGGAAAAAUUUGAGCUAUUAACAGACUCCGUUAAGCAUCUUAAAGGUUCCAUUGAAGAAUUGACAGCCACCACAGUACAACAAAAUAAUGUCAUAAUGGAGGCACUUGCCACGCAAAAUGUUUUAACGGAAAAAUUAUUAGGAAAAGAAAAAUUUCAGAAAAUUUUAGAAAAUUCUUUCCAAUUCAGAAUGCCGAAGAAUUAUCCGAAUGUAACAAUAAAACAAACGAAGCAAAUCAUGAGUCAUAUGACAACUCCAUAAAUCCCUUACCGAAAUUUUUUCCGUAAAUUUAAUAGUUGCAUCAAAUAAAGAUGGUGUCCACGGCAAGCUUUCGCUUAAAAAUUUCAAACGUUUUUAUGAUGUUUUAAUGGAUUCAAUUAGGGCUAACGGGGAGGAAUAUCCUUAAAAGGGGAUUAGAUAUGCCUUCAAAGUUGUAAAAAAACGACAUUUUCAGUCAAUAUGUGUCAGCAAAAAGAAGGAAUCUUUAGUUAGUAACAAUUAGUUAAUAAUAAUUAUUAUUUACUAAAUUAACAGCGGUCAUUAAAAACUUUGUUUAUAUAAUAUAGAAUAACUUAUAAUAUUAAAUAGAUGUACAAUUUUUCAGAAUUUUACA